AUGGCAGAAUCAUUUUCUGAAGUUGGAAAAGCAGCAGUAAAGGGUGCUCUGGAUGUUAGUUUAGAAUAUAUGAAACUUCCUCAGGGUGGUAAAAUUCUAAUACACAUCAGCACUGACAAUAUACAAGUAGCUAAAGAAUUAUGUAAACUUGGUGGACACGCUGUCCUCGGUAUUGGAGUGACCACACUUGGUACUCUGCUUGGUUAUAGAUUGUUACGACCAUUAAUCAAGGACGCUGUUAAUGAAGUCUUGGGUGGUAGAAGAAAUGACCAAGACGAUCCGAACAUCAGACCGGGAGGAUCUCUGCAUGUUAUACUGCAUUGUUUAACAGAUGAGAGAUUUCUUGAAGUUUUAGAAGAUUAUGAAUCUGGAGGAAUAAAAGAACGUUUGCAAAAAGAAUUCUCGGAGGUUGGCAUUAAAGUAGAAGGAAUGAAGGUCGAGAUUGAAAACAUAGAAGAAGUAGAAAAAACAAGAACGGCUAUAAACAAGAGGUAGAAAUCAUUACUGGAUGAUCAUAAAAUUUUAAUUUCAAAUAUUAUUUUCGAAAGGAAGAAUACAGUAAAACGUUUAAGGCGACUCGAUAUAGUUUUUUUUUAAAAUGAAAUGCAGUGCAAAUUUCAUUGACUAUUUAGGCUUUCUGAUUGGCUUAAAAUAUGAAACAAUAACAAAAAUAGCCAAUAAGAUACAGCAAUUUCCAACAGAAAUAAUACAAAAAACAGUUAGGAGUUUUUAGAUCUAGAAGUGACUGCAUAAUUUUUUCAUGUAUAUUAUUAAUAAGUAAUAGUAUGAUUCCUCGUGCAAUUUGAAAAAAACAUACAGUACUACUCGUGAAUUUUUCUACGACUUCAAAUUGCAUUCGACCAUCGGACCCGUGCAAUUGUGAUAGUCUUUGAAAAACUCACUCAUGCAUGUUUUUCCAAAUUGCACUUGAAAUCAUACUAUUACCUCUACAAACAAAUCAAAUUUUCAUGUAUUUUUCAAAAUGUCUUCCUGUCACUUCUUCUCCUGUGAUAACAAUGAAAUUAGCACUUAGACAAGAAAAUUUACGAAUUUAAAUCUGACUAUAAAGCAAGAUCAAUUACCAAUUUUCCUUUGCGUUAUAGGAGCCCUUACCCAACUAAUGUAAUAGCAGAAGAUGAAGCAACUACUACGAAGCACCAAGGUACUCACUGAUUAAAUGUUCGCUAAUUAUGCACUAAUAAUGAACGAAUUAUUCACCUAAAAGCCUUCUACUUCGGCUUCUAUUUAACGCUAAAUGAAAACGCCAAAAAUGUAGUCCUGUUCAAAGAUUAUAUAAAUUUGUAUUACAAUGGUAAUCAAUCAGAAAAAGUCGCUUUUCUUAACCAAAAUGUUUGUGCUUAAGGUUUCUACAUAGACGUUUCCGAGGAACAUGGCAAUUGGCUGACUGUAGGCGGACUAAUUCGUUCGAUCCGGAAACCAAUUUCUACCUACGUUGAUGAAAUCGUUAAAGCAUUCCACGAAAAGUUGUCCAAAGAUUUGCGGGGAGUUGGCAAGUGCAGUAGCCCUGAAGACUGCAAAAAGAAGACUAAGCCUAGCGAUUUGUGUAAAUCAUGUAAACGCUGGUUUAAAAAGCUCGAGGCAUUCCAUGAAAAUGGCAACAAUCCCUUAUGGCAUAAAAACUGCAAAAGCGCCGAAUGGUCCAAAAAUCAUUGGGAGGUGGCAAACUUCUUCAUGCCUGCACUUGGAUCUAACCUUAGUUCUACAAAAGAUGCUGAAUCUACCGAUCUUUCUUCCCUUCUCAACGUUGUGGAAUGGAUGAAGGACGGGGCGUUUCUUGGUAAAGUUCGAGUCAGCGUGGAUUUUGUGAGAAAACUUCGUUCCCAAGUGAGAAAUACCUGGGCACAUGCACCAAAACAAGAAUUCGUUGAUGACGAAAAGGAUAAAAGUUUCUCGAUUGCUACCGCUUUUCUUGAAGAUCUGAAGAAGGUAUUUUCCCAUGCAGAAAACGCACAGUGUUUGGAACAUCUCGAACACUUGAAAACCAGAGGAUUCACCAAUGUCGUUGAAAGUGAACUGCAAAGCUUGCUGUUACAACGCCACUUGUUGGAUGACAUUAAAGAAGAGAUCACAACAAUGAAAGUCGAGCCUUCAUUCCACAAAAGCUCGAUUGAAGAACAUGAACAAAAGCUGAUGAAAUUGGAAUGCGCAUUGAUUGAAUGCUCCCAAAGAAUGACUAAUUUCGAAACUUUUAAAGAGAACAUUAAUAAACAAUUCAACAACUUUGCAGAAGAAUGGAAAUCCUUUCGUGAAAUUCGGGAGGACAUUCAUGAUAUACGGAACAGCAUUGGGCAAAUACGUGAUGAUCUCGCCACGACAAACGAACAACAAAAAGACGAACGAGAACCGACGAGUUGCUUGCCAGAUAAAUUGCCAAUGUUCACUGCUCGUGAAGCCGAAAUCCAAAAAGUCAUCACUUUCCUGAAGGAUGAAGGAAAGGCCGUUGUGUCUCUCCAUGGCGGACCUGGGUUUGGUAAGACUGCAAUUGCAAUCGAAGUGUCGCAUAAGCUCAGUGAAGACCACAAAAUUCCUGUUAUUUUUUCUCAAUUAACCACCGCAACCACUGUAGAUGAAAUGGUUCUACGACUUUGUCGCGAUGUUGGUGUUUACCAUGAAGAUGACCCUAAGUCAUCCUUGAUUCUCUGGUUAAAAAAUGUCAAGGGCAAAGUGAUUUUUGUUAUGGACGACAUCGACAACCUGCUUGAAGAAAAGACUAGUUUCUACGAGUUUAUCCGCUUGCUGCGCAAGAAUUCAAAUCAGCAUUGUCAUAUUUUUACGACUUCCAGAACGUCCUGUGAAAUUCCGGAACUUUUAACUGAUGAAGUUCAAGUUGACGAGAUGGAUGAAGAAGCAUGUAUGGAGCUUUUGAAAACACAAUGUCCAGAUCAGGAAGAUGAAUUUCUGCGAAGAUUGGCCGAACUAUGUGGCAAAAUACCUCUUGCUAUGUGCAUUGCUGGCUCUCAAGUUGAUGACUUUGAAAAUUCUGAUGAAUUAUUACAGCACCUGCAAAACCAACCAAUGAAGACUUUGGAAUGCCCUGAGAGUGAUCAGUACGUUUAUCGAGCUAUCAACAUGUCCUAUGAAAAGUGUUCAAGUGAAGAGAAAGAAACGUUGUGUCGUUUGGCAGUUUUCGAAGGAAACUUCGGCGAGGAUGCCGUCAGAGUUGUGAUCGAGAAAAAGAAUCUAGAUACUAAACGUGUCUUGAAGAAACUUGUUCGCCGAAGCUUGAUCAAACAACCAACCAAGCACCGAUACUCCAUUCAUCUCUUGAUCAAACAUUUCUUAAAGUAUCAACAAGAAAGCGAAAACGAAACAGCAGAAAGAGCCCGUGCACAAAUGACGCGCGCGGAAGUGUUGAUGGUUAAAUACUACUUGCAGUUGGGACACCAAUUAACUAUGAAAAGUUACUCCAAAGAUGGAUACAAAGCAAACAUAGAUGCUUUAAAGCAGGAAGCGCACAACAUCCAGAACGUGCUCAAAAUUUGUUGUCAGCAGGAAGAUCCAAAAACCUCCGACAUCUCUGACUGCCUUGCACACAGUAAAGUUUACACCACCUCAGCCAGAUUCUUUUCACUCUUCGUUAGAACCAUCAUCCCUGGGUCCAUCGUCGACGAGUUCCUACAACGAUGCGCAAACUUAGCCAGGGAGAGGAUGCAACAUGCUAUCAAAAUGAAUUUUGAUUGUUUGUUAGCAGACCAAGAACGCAGCAAAUCAAUUGGUAAAUCUGACGAGUAUUUUAGUUCAAAGAUGGAAGAAAUCAAGAGAGAGUUCGAUACGCACGAUAAAGAAUUACAGGAAGACAAGUCGCUUUGUGCUCAUUACUAUUACCAGUACUGGAGAUAUCUGUUGCGUAAAUCUGAGGGCCAUCAGGGAACACAACGCUUAACUUCUCUAGAUAAAGCACGUGAACAGCUGGAAAAAUCGUUGGAAUUAAGGAGGACGUUAAGUUACACGUCCGUGGGAAUUGCAGAUGUGGUUUUUUCGUUACAGCAUCUUGGAAAUACAUGGAAGAAAAUUGCCUUGAGUAGCGAAAAGCUACGUUUGACAAUGGAAUGUGAAAACGCCAAAAGAAAAGCAGAACAGUAUUACGAAGAAGCUAUAGAAUUGUCCGAAGUGCAUCUAGGUGAACACGAGCUUACAUCAUCAUGCUACAAAAAUUUUGGAGAUCUGUUCUUAACAAUCCAGGAACAUAAUUUGGCCGAAGAGAAGUACACCACCGCCAAAAGAAUGCGGGAAAAUCUGGGCCUUAACGCCAGUGAAAGACACGUUUUUCUACUGAACAACCUGGGACAAUGUUUGACAAAAAGCAUGAGGGCAAAUGAAGGUAUCAAAAUUUUGGAAAAUGCCCGCGACAUGGCCGAAAAACUUGCUGAGAGCGACGAGCCAAAUGUUUGCAAGACAAAGGUCUAUACAUCAUUAGCUAUUGCAUACGAUUCGAAAGGAAAGCAUUCCGACGCCGUAACCUACGCUCGCGAAGCACUGAAGUUUGAAAAAGCCAUCGCCAGAAAUUUUCUUAACAAACUUCAGAUAAUUGCAUCAAAGAACGUUGGAAACAACUGA